CCCACUUGGGAUAAGCAGUUUCAGACAAUAUUUUCUUCAAAUGUGUCAAGUAUGAUGUCUUAGGUAACCUUCAGUUGGGGUGUCGGUGUGGCAACGUGCCUCUUUGCACAGCCACCGCGUGGCCCCUCUACGCUGGGCAUGGCGCUCAGAUCUCAUUGGCGCUGUGUGCAUUUUUCUUGACUAAAGUCAUGCCAUCUGAGCCAUUCAGUGGGAACCCGAGUGGCAGGCAGGGGUGUAGGGAGCCCCUGUGUGCCUGUGCCCCUCUGCCAGCCCCUGUGCUCAGCUUGAGCUGUGUGGGAGUGAACAUGUCCAAAAGCAGCUGGCUUACUGAGGAAGAGAGAGCACUUCGGGCUCAGUCACCCUAGGGACUGCCGCCGUGGGGGCUUUCCUCUCACCAGCGCUGCCCAGCUAUUAGACACCGAAGACCGGCACAGACUCGUAACGCAAAGCGAGCGGCGGACGCCCACGGCAGCGUUGACUUCUGGGCGAAGCAAUUGGCUGCACGGCCUUCGAGAGAGUUGAGGUCCCUGCCUGAAACUGAGACGAAGGAGGCGAAGCCUCUUCUCACUUUGGAUCACCUUAGUUUCACUGAUUCUAAGGGCUGCCUAUCAAAGGGGAUCACUGUAACGUGUUUACGUUUCACACAUUUUAAGAACUCGGCAUUUAUGAUUUUUUUGUAAGGAAUAAAUGAUCACCUCAACAAGACGAGUAUCACCUGACAAACCUGAAGUUAGAAUCGCCUUCACCCUUGAUGAGCCCUCAGAGUUGAAUGAUGCAGAGAACUUCCUUCAAACCUUUCCUGACCUGGAACAGCAGUUUCAGCCCAUACUUCCAUGUCAGGCCCUGAAGGAGUCUGUGCAGGUUUACAAGGACCACUGCAAGAUGGCCGAGGAGUUCCAUGAAGUCAAAAAUGAGAUUGCUCUCUUAGAGGACCGAAAGAAAGAAUUGAUUGCUGAGCUGGUAGAGGAUGAGAAGGCAACAGUGGAGAUUGCCCGCCUAAAGGAGGAAUUUCGAGUCCUCACAGAGGAGAACCGGACUCUGGUAACAGUCCACAACCAGCAACUGGAGACUCUCAGGGUGCUCAGUCAAAAGAGGCAGGGAUCCUCAUGACUUUUGACACCUUUGCAAUCUCUUGAAAACUCUUCUCAUCUGGGGGUCUACCAAGGUCCUGUGUUUGAAAGUUUUGUAACAUCUGUGGUAUAACGAUAGUUUUCUACUGUGGUUGGGGUCUCUUUCCCAAACAGAGAACCAAACGGUCCAUUUGCUUCGGAGGGAAGGUGUUCUAAACUUCGGACCUUUCUUCCUUCAGUCAGCUGAAAUCCUUCACUUUAUCAUUAUUUGUGAACAACUGGAAAUUGUUCUCUGAAUGUGUUUGGUGAUGCUGUGGUAGUUGCUCAUAGAGUUUUUUUUGCAGAUUUUCAUACUGAAUUACCAGAUAUUGCCAUGAUAUUUCAUCUUCAGUCCUAUGGAACUCAGUACUAAUUCUAAGCAUGAAAUUUCAUAAAUGUCUGUUGAUAUAUUUUCUAUCAAAGGUUUAAUGCACAGGGCCAAAGCAUCAUUUUUGUUUAUUAAA